AGAGCGUCGUCCUCCACCCUCUCUUCGUUCCCACACCCUCUGUGCCUCUUGCUAGAACCUUCAUUUCUGAGCAUCUGCACCCUCUCCCGUGUGCAUUCGUCUUGAUCGAGUCCCAAAAAAAGACGAAAACUCGGCUCUGAGCACUUUGCCCCCCCCGUCAUCUGCUUGAGUCCGUCCCGACCGGCACGCAAACUUUUGACCCACCUCUCGCUGUCCACCAGCGAGCAGCAGCGUCAAAGCCCGCCCAUUUUGCCAGUCGACGGCCUCCAGACGACCUUUUCGGCACCGUCUGACGGCCACAGUCGACGUCUCCCUGCCAGAACCGCUCUCUCGCGAGUGAUUAUCGUCCCGGUGUCGAGCCUGUGCUUCACCUGGGACGUUCUCUCGUAUCGUUCGAGAGAUCCGACCGACCAUGAGUACGCCGACGACAUUGAAUCCCGCCCACCAUCAAUAUUAUUCACCACAUUCGGCCCAUCACUCAGUGGCUAAUUACCAUGCAAAUGGAGCUAUGAACGGUACCACUCGACAGACAGCAGCAUACUACAACGGCUACGCUCCCAACGGUGCUUCCGACAACAGCGACCUUCGCCGAGCUGCCACCUCCAACGCAAGGCCCUCGAACCAGCUCCCUCCCAUACAGACAUCGCCGCCGUCCACCGCCGCCUACCCGCCGUCCAACGCUCCGAUGAAGCGUGAAAAGCGCAAGCCGGACUGGAACGAAUUCUACAAAAAUGGCGUGCCGUCGGAGAUUAUAGUCAUAGACGACAGCCCCGAGCCCGAGCCCCGACGAGCAAAUGGCGGCGCCUACACGUCUCAGCACGGCGACAAGAGGCAGAGAACCGGCAAUGCCUACGACCCGGUCUACAACCCGCAGCCGUCGUACUCCACGACGCAGACGCCGUACUAUGAGAACUCGACGUCCACCGACCGGACCACGUCCGCUUACCUGACCACGGCCCCCACGUCACUUGGCUCGUCGGCGGGCAAUGGCACAUACCUGCCUCCCCUCGACGACGGUGCCGUUGGCCAGAAACGAAAGCGUACGCGUGCGCAGGCCGCCGAGGAUGCCGGCUCUGCCAAGCGCAGGGAGGUCGAGCGUCUCACUCCACCACACAUUCACUACAUCCCACCCGAGAAACCCAUCAUCAAGGCAAAGGAAGUGCAUGUCGAGGUCAUCCGCGACGUAUGUGCCUGUCUACCGUCUCGCCGGAAGUAUUGUGCUCACAGCAAGCAGAAGCAUGCCACCACAGAGCAGUACGAUGACGAGGAUGGACAUUACAACGUUGUGGCCGGGGCCAGUCUCACAGAUCGAUGUACGACUGAGAACUAUGUAUAGCCAGGAAGAGUCAAGAGCUAUCACUAAUGCUUUUGUUGUAGAUACCAUCGUUCGACUGCUGGGCCAAGGCACCUUUGGCAAAGUCGUCGAGGCCAUCGAUCGAGACAAGGGCACCAAGUGUGCCGUCAAGAUCAUCCGCUCGGUGCAGAAGUACCGAGAUGCCUCGAGAAUAGAGCUGAGGGUGCUGUCAACGCUGGCCCAGAACGACAAACACAACAGAAACAAGUGCAUCCACCUGCGGCAAUGCUUCGACUAUAGGAACCACAUCUGCAUCGUAACCGACCUAUAUGGGCAAAGUGUCUUUGACUUUCUCAAGAACAAUAACUUCACGCCCUUCCCGAGCUCGCACAUCCAGACCUUUGCUCGUCAGCUGUUCACCAGCGUGGCCUUCUUGCAUGACCUGAACCUUAUUCACACUGAUCUUAAGCCCGAGAACAUCUUGCUGGUCGACAAUUCGUACCAGACAUUUACUUACAACCGUAACAUCCCCUCGUCGUCGACCGCUACCCAGAGGUCUUCGAAACACAGGAAAGUGCUGCUGACACCUGAGAUCCGACUGAUUGAUUUCGGAUCAGCUACAUUUGACGAUGAAUAUCACUCGUCUGUCGUCUCCACGCGGCACUAUCGGGCGCCGGAGAUCAUCCUCAACCUGGGUUGGAGCUUCCCCUGCGACAUCUGGAGCAUCGGCUGCAUUCUCGUAGAGUUUUACACAGGCGAUGCCCUUUUUCAGACACAUGACAACCUCGAGCAUCUUGCGAUGAUGGAGGCUGUAUGUGGCAGCAGGAUUGACCGCCAGUUGGUGCAAGCUGUUCUGGCAAAGGAUCGAAACGGUACCACCAAAAACCCAGCCGCUCAGUACUUUAAGGUCCGUGAGAAGAAGCUUGAUUACCCGAAUCACGAAACUGCAAAGGCGUCUCGCAAGUACGUCCGCGCUAUGAAGCGGCUAGAGGAAACCAUCACGCCACACAAUGAGUUUAACAGACAGUUCCUGGACUUGCUUCGUAAGAUCUUCGUGUAUAAUCCGGCAAAGCGCAUCUCAGCGAAGCAGGCGCUCAAGCAUCCCUGGUUCAAGGAGACGCUGCAGGAUGACGGCACGGAGGCUGCUCGCAUUCGAGAGCAGAAACUUGCGAAGCGGAUGGCUGCCCAGGCCGAGAGUAAUGCACGAGCCAACGGUGCUUCGAGUUCAUCGACUGCUUACAGAUGAUGCUGAUGAUGACGAUUGGACUCUACAUUGUACAAAACGUCGUCGAGAGGCCCAGCUCUCAGCCUUUCUACUACGCACUCCCCAAACCGGUAACGUGUUGGGUCCGGGAAGUAAAUGAACAUUGCAUUUGAGCAUUUCAUGACAUGCCAUAUACCUCCUUCUGCUCUAUCAUGCCAGCGAAGCCGAAAUCUGCGAAACCUUUUCACGACUGAGGGAAGGGGAGAAGGCACACACACUGCAAAACAACAAAAUUAGUGGAGUUUUUUUUUGGUGGGUUGCUUUUUAAGAGGGAGAAAGCUCCUACUGCUGCAUCAUAGACAGAUACACCCUACCGUAUGUAUGCAAGCGUCCAUGAUCGUACGUACAACUCACCGCUGCUACCUUCACGAUGUCUCUGGAGCAUUUUGGUGCGGGUGUACAAGGUAGCGGCUUCUAAUGAAAGGGGGGCUCGAACGGGCACAACGCUGAUGCCGCACCAACCGUCGGUUGUCCUGUUGUUAUUUGUAACUACGAAAUGGCAUGAGGUAAAACGACAUGAAGGAUAACCAGUCCAUAUGAACUUUGAUCCUGAUCCGCUUGUGCCAUUUUCCGUUUCCCAUCGUGUUUUUAGAUAAACCGAGUUAACGUAGCGAGUAUAGGCCAAUCGGUUGGUCAUUUUUGUCAGGGCAGAAUGCAGAGAAAAGAGGCAGAGUGAAGUGUGCAUCUGACUACUGUACAUCGAGCUGGGUGCUGGGAGGUCCGCAAACUCUUCGAUGGGGUACGAGGUUUCGACGGCGCCGACACACAUACAGUAGGUAACGAGACUUUGUCGCAAAACAGCAGCGCGAGCUCACGCAAGAUACAAAAGACUCGAGGAUUUUGCUCUCGGAGAACAUGUAGCUGAUCGACAACCUGAUUCAUUUCAAACUAGAAGGUGAGA